AUGCAGUCGAAGAGGAUUACCACCGAGCCUCCCUCUAUAACAGAAGAAGUGUUUGAAGAAUGUUUGGCCACAGAUGAUAUGUUUGUGGACUACUUCAAUGAAUUUUUGAGUCUUCCAACUUUUGCCCAGCCAGUGAAAUUUAACUCUGACUUUGGGGUUUUCGAAGUAGUUAAUGAUGCCCCACAACACCUGGAAAGCCAGCUGAAAAAAAAUCUACAUGAUCAGAAGUCUCCAAACCUCAUUUACAACGUCCUGAGGAAAGCAAAGGACGAUGGGCAGACCUCCAAACUGCGCAGCGCUUCUCCAGCCCUCGCUGUUGAUCCAAAUGACACCACUAUGUACCUUGAUCGAGAGCAAGCAAUGCAGUGGAUUAAGGAAGAAAGGCUUCCAGCAUUUCUGGAGAGUGACUGCUACUUUGAAUACAGGCUAGCUAAACUGAUAUCACAGGUGGAAUGGAGCAAGACUGGCAUUAAUUUCAUUAUUGAUAGUGACUAUUAUCCUUGGAGAAGGAAGCAAGACCCAGGUUCUCCCUCUCUUGGGGAGGAUGACUCUUUGUUGACUCUGAAGAAGUUUGGCCAGGCCAAACAGAGUGAAUCCAGGAACACUACAUAUACAUUUCUGCAUCCUCCAGACCCUGGUCAAAUUCAGGAUACUCAGUGUUUGCCUGGGCAGCAUGUAAAAGAGAGCUUUCUGGAACCAGGUUCACUCUCUGACGAGUGCCAUCAGCAGGGUUUCCUUUCCCCUUCAAGGCCAGCAUCACCAAAAGCUCAAAUCAUUAAGGAAAGAUACAGAGAAGAUGAGGAAGAUUUUUUUGUUGCCAUUACUGAAUCUCCUUCCCACAAUCAGUUAAGAGUUUAUCUGGACCCCAAAUGGGACAAUGCACCAAAAGAAGAAAAUGGACACAAAAGCACAACUUUGACAGCAAAAACAUUCCUACCUGCUCAUGUUCAGUCUGUAAUGAAGGAAGCUGUUUCAGAACUGACCCAGCAGACAGCUGCUGACAUCGGGACAAGUAAUGAAUUUGCCCACAGAACUGAACAAGAUACUGAAGAAGUUAGCUUGAGAUCAGGUUCUGAAAGUGAUGGGGCUGACAGCAGGGCUGCCUGGUGUGUUAGUCACAGGACUUAUGACACAGGCAACAGACACCAGUUUGAAAGAUUCAAGAAAUUCAUCAAAGGAACACUUGGGGAAAGGUACUGGUGGCUCUGGAUGGAUAUUGAAAGGCUGAAGGCUCUUAAGGACACUACAAGGCAGCAAAGGCAACUCAGCAAGAUGAAAACACUGUAUCUGCUGAGCAGUGGAGACUAUUGCCUCAGCUCAGAAGUGUUGCUCAGACUGAAUCUGCUGCAUGGAGAUCAGUGGAAUAUAAACCAUUUGAGAUGGAUUCAGCCUGAAAUAGUGAAACCUCUGCUUCUUUACUGGGGUCCCAGAUUUUGUGUUACUCAUUCAACAGCAAUAGAAACUGCCAGUGCAAAACUGAAGCUCUGGUACACAUGCCAGGAGAGACCAAGGGUGGACAUUGAUCCAUUUCCACAAAUAGUAUCAUUAGUACCAUGGACACCUAAGUCUUGCAUCCCAGGGAUACCACCAUCCCUUCCUCAGAUUUCAUCAGGAUUAUCACCAACCCUGCCAUCAGAUCAGAGUCCCCCAAGGGAUAUUUCAAGCAGCAGAAUGUGGCCAGAGCCAAUGAGCAGAGACAUGAUUCAUUGCUUAGGUUUAGAGGACACCGAAGUCUCAGGAUACCAGGGUCAGAGAAAGUAUACCUAUGCUGAGCUGCUCUCAGGGUACAGCGCUGCUGGCAGUGUUGUCGUAGGGGGAUCAAGAAUGGAAAGCAUGCUGCAAUCUCUUUAUUUGGAGAACAGAGCAGGCUACCACUUCACACAAUUCUGUGAGAAAUCAGGGAAUAAGUUGUGGAAGAACAGCGUGUACUUCUGGUUUGACCUGCAGGCAUAUCAGCAGCUUUUCUACCAAGAAACUCUUCAUCCUUUUAAAAUAUGCAAGCAAGCUCAAUUCCUUUAUGCAACCUACAUUGCCCCCUCUGCCAGUAUGGACAUUGGACUUCAUCAGAGUAAGAAAAACAUGAUUUAUCAGAAAAUUGACCCAGCCUUUGAGGAUCUUUUUGACCCAGCAGAAGAAUAUGUCCUCACCGUUCUGCUGGAGCCAUGGAUGAAGAUGAUGGAAGCAGACAAAGACACUUAUGGAAAGGUGGAGCUGGUGGAAGAAGCUCAACAGCUGGAUUCCGUGUACUUUAGAAAGCUCCAGGCUUUGCAUCACGAGAGUGGUUCCAAGAAGGAUGAGAGUACUGUUGCUGACACUGCUCUGCUGCCCUGCCCUGGUGCUCUCAAAGAAGAUCAGCACUCAGGUCAAAUACCCAAAGAGCUGGCAGGUCCUCAACUAUCUGACCUGAUCCAUGACAAAGAGAAGCUAGAGCAGUUCCGGGCUUUCCUCAGCGAGCAUUCUGCUGGCAUGGAUCUCAUGUGCUGGCUAGAUAUUGAACAGUUCAGAAAGAUGCUUCACCAGGAUAAAGAAAAAAGGGAGGAAAAGUCUGAGAAAAUCCAAAGCAAGUACUUCAACGAAAAAUACUUAUUUGGACCUAAUAGCCCUGCCAGCAGAGAACAGAAAGAACAGCUAAUGCGUUCAGGUGGAGGAUGGGGACAAAUCCCUCACGAUCAAUUUUCAGCAGCAGUUCUGCUAGAAGUUCAACAAUGUGUCCAGAAGAGAUUAGAGAAACAAUGGCUGCCAUUGUUCCUGGCAGAGGAACACCGCGGGGCGCACAGACGAGCAAAGCAUGUGGACACUCAGUGGCUGUCUUCACCCAGUGACAUCAUUGCCUUCCGCCAAGCACUGCUGAACCCAGUGACAGCAAAGGAGUUUCAGUGCUUCCUGUCCUUGAGAGGGGACCUGCUGGAGAACGGGGUGCUCUUCUGGCAGGAGGUGCAAAAGUACAAGGACCUGUGCCAUUCUCACUGUGAUGAUGCCACAGUCCAGAAAAAGAUCACAGCUAUUAUUGACCGCUUCAUUAAUUCUGCCAUACCCCCAGCUCUGCAGAUUGACAUCCCAGCUGAACAAGCAAAGAAGAUUUUGGAGCACAGGAAGGAGCUAGGACCUUACAUUUUUAGAGAGGCACAGAUGACUGUUUUUGCUCUUCUGUUUAAAUUCUGGCCAAAGUUUUCUAAGUUUCGAAGCAAUGCAGACAGUGACAAAAUUCUGCUUGCCUUGGAGAGAGAAAGGAGCAAAAGGAUGCGAAAGAAGGAAUGGAAAACAGCAGAGGAAAAGCUUGCAAAGUUUCAGAGUAAAGAAGUGGAGAGAAAGCUCAGCAGUCUGGCAGGCAGUGCUUCAGCAAAUGAGACUGGUAUGGAGAGAGGCCUAGCUUCAUUUUCAGAUGGAUAUGGACAGCAGGCUUCCUGGUCCUUCUCCAAAUACAUAGAAGCCUUGGAGCAGGAGAGAAUCCUCCUUAAAAUGCAAGAAGAUCUGGAGAAAAACUCUUCAUCACUCCUUACAGGUUCUCCAUCUGUGUCCUUUCCAAAGCCUGAAAACUCUGAAAAAUCAAACACUUCUUCAAGGACUAGUGUGACUUUGAAGAAACAUUCAGUUCCUCUCAAGAAACAAGUCUUCAAUAAGGUUCUGUCGCUCCAGCACUUUGGAUUAAUACCAAACACCAGAGUCUACACUUUUUACCUACCUGCUGUGAACUAA